AGGAGACUUGUAGCACACCUUUCUCCGACCACAACCAACCGCCCCCCCCUCCCGCCACCGGGCGGCUACUCGGUGGACAAUAAUAUCUUUUUGUACUUAGCUAGCCCCCCACCCUCCAGAGAAAAAUGCUUCUACUUCUGCAGCAGUUUCCAUCUUUACCUUCAUCUGGAGCUGCUUCAUUUCCUCCUCCGUUUCAAAAUGUUCAAAGUGCUUUCCUUUGCUUGAGAGAUUGUAAAAGGCCUCCGCUACCGGUUUUAAGCGCUUUCUCUUCAGGACCCAAGCUGCAGUUUAGCAAUGAAUGUCACCAUGUUAAUUGUUCAAGAAGAUCUGCCGCUGUCCUCUGCACUGGUAAAAGACCUCGUCAAGGCUCUAGGCCUAAAAAACGUGAGCGUGUACCUCAAAAUGUGGAUCUUCCAGCAGUAUUGCCUAAGAAAAAGAAGAAGCCAUAUCCAAUACCUUUAAAGAAUAUUCUACAGGCUGCCAGAGCCGAUAAGAAGCUUGCAGCUAUGGGAAUGGAGAAACCUCUUGAGCCUCCAAAAAAUGGACUGCUUGUGCCUGAUCUAAUUCCUGUUGCCUAUGAAGUACUGGAUGCUUGGAGAAUUUUGAUUAGAGGACUCACACAGAUCUUGCACACUGUUCCUAUCCAUGCUUGUAGUGAAUGCUCAGAAAUUCAUGUAGCCCAAGUGGGUCAUGACAUUCAAGAUUGUCAUGGUUCAACCAGUGGAAGUCGAAAAGGCUUCCACUCGUGGGUGAAGGGGUCUAUCAAUGAUGUACUCCUCCCAAUUGAGUCAUACCAUAUGUAUGAUCCCUUUGGUAGGCGCAUUAAGCACGAAACUCGAUUUAAUUAUGACCGGAUUCCUGCAGUUGUUGAACUUUGCAUCCAAGCUGGUGUUGAUUUACCUGAAUUUCCUUCACGGAGGAGGACUCAACCUGUCCGGAUGAUUGGAAAAAAGGUGAUUGACAGAGGUGGAUUUGUUGAAGAGCCUGAACUUGAAAAGCAUGUAGAUAGAAAGUCACAAGUUAUCGACCUUGACACACAUAGGAGUCUUGAGCGCUUUCCUCCUCCAGACAUAUCGGAGGUACCUAAGAUUGCACAGGAGACUAUUAAUGCGUAUGAGAAGGUCAAAUGGGGCGUGAAUAGGUUGAUGAAGAAGUAUACCGUGAAGGCUUGUGGGUACUGUUCAGAGGUCCAUGUGGGGCCCUGGGGCCAUAAUGCCAAGCUCUGUGGUGAAUUUAAACAUCAGUGGAGGGAUGGAAAACAUGGUUGGCAGGAUGCCACGGUUGAUGAAGUGUUUCCCCCAAAUUAUGUGUGGCAUGUUCGAGAUCCAAAAGGGCCUCCUAUGAGGAGAGGGCUAAAGAGGUUCUAUGGCAAGGCACCAGCUGUAGUUGAGGUCUGUAUGCAAGCAGGAGCUCAAGUUCCUGAGAGAUACAAGCCAAUGAUGAGGCUUGACAUAGUAGUUCCUGAAAGUGAGGAGGCUCAAUUGGUUGCAUGAAAAGGUUUCUGUCCGCACAGGAUUAUGAUGUACAAUACUUGGUUUAUGUUUCUUUGCUCCCGCUAAAAGCUCCUGCUAAGAAGUGGAUGCCUGUGAUUUUUAACUUAGAGCAGAGCAGAAGGGAUGUAAUUCCCUUCACUAAUAGGUCUAGUGCUGUGUAAUUCUGACAAACUCUCUCUCUCUCGGGGGGUUUUGUGAGGGAGGUUGUGGUGGGGAGUUGUAGAGUUGAUGGCCCUAAAUUUACAUUGAAAUUAUUAUCAUUCAUACUUAUCUGAUGUCAUUACUGUCACUAUUAAUAUGGUGGACAUGUAAUAUACUGGACAAGACGCUUGCUUUGUGAGCUUCUGAUAGUACUUCUUGCUGGACAGGUUCUUUGACUUAUAUAAAGUUCCAAUUCACUGUGUGUUGCUGUA